CCUUCUCUUGCAAGUCCCCGGAUGUCCCGCAUAUCUCCCAUCCAGCCCAAUCCUUAGCCACGCCGCAUGAUUCCGUCGCAUCCCCUCCCACUCUCUGACGAGUGGACCGACCCCGACGCCUACGUCGAGGCCCUCCUCUCCUUCGCCAACUCGUCCGCCCUCUUUAGGCACCUCUGCGGCGGGGUGCAUAUCCUCGAUUUCCUGACCCGCGACCCGGACCUCUAUACCUCCCUCCUACCCGAACACUGGCGCGCCUUCUUCGAUCAGCAUGACGUCCAGGAUAUCUUGGACCUUCUCCUGCGGGACGACAUUCGACCUCUGCUAGCUGCGGCGCGCGACGGGGAACAGGGUAGCACACAAUGGAGAGGCGCCGCGCUGCCCCCGCUAGACCUCCUCGAAUACAUCCACCAGAUCCGCCGAUUGAGCCUGGGACGGGACUUCACCCCCGGCCAGCCCGGAACGCCGUCUAUCCCGAAGAAGAUCGCCGUCGGAAUGAAUGUCAAGAAGUACCACGAGGUCGCACACUUCUCGAAAUACGUCGAUGCCCUGUGUACCGCCGUGGAUGAACAGCGCGGCGAUGCGAUCACGCACAUCGUCGACUUCGGAUCGGGCCAGAGCUAUCUCGGACGGACCCUCGCUUGCCCUCCCUACAACAGACACAUCGUUGCCAUCGAGCGGACACACCAGUUCAUCAGCGGCGCCAAGGGGAUGGAUAUCCACGCCAAACUGCAGAAGAAGAAAAUCAACAUGUACAACAAGAAGCUGGCCAACUGCAAGACCUGUCUCGACCCGGAAUCCCCUCCGGCUGAAACCGCCGAAACGACCUCGGAUGACAAGGACAAGACCACCGGAGAAUCAGCGGACGUGGCCAUGAUCAAUGUCUUCCGUGACGUCAGUCUCACACCCGACGAAAUUGGCCACGCUCCUUAUCGCAAUGCCCCCAAGGCUGAAACGAAGGAGGAAGACCCGGAGAAAAUGAGAGGCAGGAUGGACUAUAUCGAACAUGAAAUCAAGGACGGCUACUUGGAGCCCAUCAUCCAGGAUGUCGUCGAGGCGCCCGCAGCCGAGACGCAAGCUGGAGACGAUGCUGUCGCGACUGCCAAUGGGGACUCCACGAAGGCCAACGUCAUGGUCAUCUCCCUGCACUCCUGCGGCAACCUUCUCCACCACGGAGUGCGAUCGUUGGUUCUGAACCCGUCAGUGAAGGCCAUCGCUAUGAUCGGAUGCUGCUACAACCUGGUCACCGAGAGGCUGGGCCCUGCGACCUACAAGCUCCCCAUUCUCCGGUCGAUGCACCCCCGUCUGACCAAAGACGCGAUCGCGUACGACCCGCAUGGCUUCCCGAUGUCGAAACGGUUCGAAGAAUACGAGCACGAGAGCGGGACCGGCAUGAAGCUGAACAUCACCGCCCGCUCCCAGUCCCUGCAGGCGCCCUACAAUUGGAGCCGGAAGGACAGCGAAGACUUUUUCACCCGCCACUUCUAUCGCAGUCUCCUGCAGCGCCUCCUUGUGGAUCGCGGGGUCGUCGCCAAGCCCAAGAACCCAGACAAUCUCUACGACGACUUGGGCGACGGGGAUGCAGGAAACCCUCUGAUUGUGGGCUCGCUGCGCAAGUCUGCGUUCGUGUCGUUCCCCGCGUAUGCCCAGGCCGCCGUGACGAAGCUGAGCCGGGACCCGAAGACGGGCGAGAAGGUGAGGGCAGGGAUGGCGGACGUCUCUGAGGAGGAGCUGGAGCGCUAUGUGCAGGACUACUGGUACGCGAAAAAGCGGCUGAGCGUGGUCUGGAGCCUGAUGUCCUUCAGCGCCGCCCUGGUCGAGGCCAUCAUUGUCGUGGACCGGUGGCAAUUCCUGCGGGAGCACGAUUCGGUGAAGGAGUGCUGGGUGGAGCCGGUGUUCGACUACAAGCAGAGCCCGAGGAACCUGGCUGUCAUUGGCAUCAAGAAGUGAAUCGACCGGUGAUGAUUCUGGUGGGAUAUCUCCCGCCAAGCCAUGUUGAAUCUGUUAGGCAGCAGAAAACUCGACUCCGGACUUUUGAGCAUCAACCUGACGGCUCACGGCAUUUUAUGAUCCACACGGGCUACGAUCGCCUUGCGGCUCAGGUCUAGCCCUGAGUCUAUUCUGUUGCCUAGAUCUUGAUGGGAAACCCUCGACAAGCCAUGUAUGGCCUAGUUAUGAUGAGACGACGAAAAGCAUGUAUAGAUGAAUAGAGUGUUUUAGAUGGAGUAAAUGUGACAUGAAGUGGGAUGAUCUUGUUUUCCAC